AUGACAACUGCUACUCUUACAGAGCUCCCAACUCUUUUUCAAAAAUUCCAGGUCGCGAAGAACGUGUUGGAUCGCAUAAGUAUCUGGAAUGGCGAUAUCACCAAGCUUGCUGUUGAUGCAAUUGUCAAUGCUGCGAAUGGUCGAUUGGCCGGAGGUGGUGGAGUUGAUGGAGCAAUCCAUGCUGCUGCAGGAAGAAGCGAGUUGCAAGCCGAGUGUCGCCAAUACAAUGGUUGUGCUGUUGGAGAUGCUGUGAUCACUUCAGGUUGCAAGAUCAAGCACAUCAAAAAAAUCAUACACACCGUCGGUCCACAGGUUUACGGAAGUGUAACAGAUGAAAAACGCGACAACCUCAUCGCUUGUUACAGAACAUCACUGGAUAUCGCGAUUGAAAAUGGAAUGAAAAGUGUGGCGUUCUGUUGUAUCUCGACAGGAGUCUACGGGUAUCCAAAUGAAGAUGCUGCUAAAACAGUCACCCAGUUCUUGACUGAAUUUCUCGAGAAGGACGACAAGUUGGAGCGUAUCGUGUUGGUCACUUUCCUUGACAUCGACAAUCAAUAUUACAAUAAUUAUUUCUCCAAAUACGCAGCCUCGAAGACUGAUUAA